UGUCAUCUAACCUGCUCUCCCCAGAAGGUUGGCUGAAGGAUGGGAGCGGCUGUGCCUGCCUCUGAGGUCACAGCAUGAAGUCCUUUUAACUUGCUUUCUGCUGCAGGAGAGAGGCGUAUUGUGGCAUAACUGUCAGUACAUUUAAUCAAAUGGACAAUUUGCAAUAGAUCUUAUACCCAGAACGACAGAUAACUCAACAUAUAAGGCAUUUAGUAUUAUUCAACUGUCAUAAAACUAAAGCUUAUUAUUGGAACAUUGAACCUAACGUCUACUGAAAGCAAGAUGAAAAUGUGGUUGCUGGUCGGUCAUCUUGUGAUAGUAUCUUUUACAAGCUGUCUAGCAGAGUUUACAUGGCACAGAAGAUAUGGUCAUGGAGUUUCCGAGGAAGACAAAGGAUUUGGACCAAUUUUUGAAGAGCAGCCAAUAAACACCAUUUACCCAGAGGAAUCACUGGAAGGAAAAGUUUCACUAAACUGUAGGGCACGAGCCAGCCCUUUUCCUGUUUACAAAUGGAGAAUGAAUAAUGGGGAUAUUGAUCUGACAAGUGAUCGAUACAGCAUGGUAGGAGGAAACCUGGUUAUCAACAACCCUAACAAACAGAAAGAUGCUGGAAUAUACUACUGUUUAGCAUCAAAUAACUACGGGAUGGUCAGAAGCACUGAAGCAACCCUGAGCUUUGGAUAUCUUGAUCCUUUUCCACCUGAGGAACGUCCUGAGGUCAGAGUAAAAGAAGGGAAAGGAAUGGUGCUUCUCUGUGACCCUCCCUACCAUUUUCCAGAUGAUCUUAGCUACCGCUGGCUUCUAAAUGAAUUUCCUGUAUUUAUCACAAUGGAUAAACGAAGAUUUGUGUCUCAGACGAAUGGCAAUCUCUACAUUGCAAAUGUUGAGUCUUCUGACAAAGGCAAUUAUUCCUGCUUUGUUUCCAGUCCUUCUAUUACAAAGAGUGUGUUCAGCAAAUUUAUCCCACUCAUUCCGAUACCUGAACGAACAACAAAACCAUAUCCUGCUGAUAUCGUAGUUCAGUUCAAGGACAUAUAUGCAUUGAUGGGUCAAAAUGUGACUUUAGAGUGUUUUGCGCUUGGAAAUCCUGUUCCUGAUAUCCGAUGGCGGAAGGUCCUAGAACCAAUGCCAAGUACUGCUGAGAUCAGCACCUCUGGAGCUGUCCUCAAGAUCUUCAAUAUUCAGCUGGAAGAUGAAGGCUUAUAUGAAUGUGAGGCUGAGAACAUUAGAGGAAAGGAUAAACAUCAGGCAAGAAUUUAUGUUCAAGCAUUUCCUGAGUGGGUAGAACAUAUCAAUGACACAGAGGUGGACAUAGGCAGUGAUCUCUACUGGCCUUGUGUGGCCACAGGGAAGCCCAUCCCUACAAUCCGAUGGCUGAAAAAUGGAUAUGCGUAUCAUAAAGGGGAAUUGAGACUAUAUGACUUGACUUUUGACAAUGCUGGAAUGUAUCAGUGUAUAGCUGAAAAUACACAUGGAGCCAUUUAUGCAAAUGCUGAGCUGAAGAUCUUAGCUUUGGCUCCAACUUUUGAAAUGAAUCCUAUGAAGAAAAAAAUCCUGGCUGCCAAAGGAGGGAGAGUGAUCAUUGAAUGCAAACCUAAAGCUGCACCGAAACCAAAAUUUUCAUGGAGUAAAGGGACAGAGUGGCUUGUCAAUGGUAGCAGAAUACUCAUUUGGGAAGAUGGUAGCUUGGAAAUCAGUAACAUUACAAGGAAUGAUGGUGGUGUCUAUACAUGCUUUGCAGAAAAUAAUAGAGGAAAAGCUAAUAGCACUGGGACUCUUGUUAUCACAGAUCCCACGCGAAUUAUAUUGGCCCCAAUCAAUGCUGAUAUCACUGUUGGAGAAAAUGCCACCAUGCAGUGUGCUGCGUCCUUUGAUCCCGCCUUGGAUCUCACAUUUGUUUGGUCCUUCAACGGCUAUGUGAUCGAUUUUAACAGAGAGAAUAUUCAUUACCAGAGGAAUUUUAUGCUGGAUUCCAAUGGGGAGCUACUUAUCCGAAAUGCCCAGCUAAAGCAUGCUGGAAGAUACACAUGCACUGCUCAGACAAUUGUGGACAACUCUUCAGCUUCAGCUGACCUUGUUGUGAGAGGUAAAAACAGAAAAGAUGGAGAGAAAAACAUGGUGGAUUCCUUUCUCCCCGUCUGUGCAAGCCUGCCUCCAAACUGGUGACCGUUGACACUCACCAUUUGUGUGAAAGACUUUUUUUUUUAAACAUAAUAUACUAGAUUUGACUAACUAAAUCUUGUAGCUUCUGCAGUUUUUUUCCCCCCAACCUAGUUCUUAGAGGAUGUUUCCCCUUCUGAAAUGUCUAAACAUACUUUGAGCAGAAAGAUUUUUAAACAUUUAACUAGACUGCUUCACUAAUACUUUAAAAAUGCCUGGUGAACUAACCCAGUACAUUAUACAAUGACCAAGUGAGAGUUUUGUGUUUUCAUGUCCUGUUUUUCUUUGAAAUUAUAUAUCUCAGAAAUUAGCUCAUUAUCUGAACAAUUUAUGAAGAACUGGUGAAUUAUGAUACAGGAGUAUUGCCACUGAAUGUACUGUUUGUUUCAGUCAAGCAGGUAAUGAACAAUGUUAUCAAAUUCUCUAAUGAGACAUCUUAAUUAGGACAUAAGCUAAAAGGGGCAUCACUCCAGAAAUUGUAGUGCCAUACAAAUUCAUUUGCAGGAAAGAAUGAAAAGCAGCAGCAAACAACUGAAGACUGACCUGGGCUCUAUAGGGGUUUUGGCACAAUUCCUAGGGUUGGAAAGUGAAAAUGGGCAGCAUGUAGAAGAAAAUGUCAUCUCAGUAGCAAGAUUUAAGUGAAGAUGACUAAGCUAUUAACAUAAUUCAUUCAGAUUUAAUUUUAUUAACUUCUACCAUUAGCCUUUGUAGAUCUUUUCUUUUGGGAGGAAAGUUGAGAUUUUCAUUGGAAGAAAUUGAGUCUAAGUGGGUGGUUAAAAUUGAAGUAUACAUAAUUCUUUCUGGGACUACUGAAAUUUUAUUAUUUGAAAAUACUUUUACUUUCCCCCUUUGGUCAAAGAGACAUGCUUAAAAUUCUUGUUUCUUCAUAAGAAAUAAUUGUGUCAUUCUUAG